GAAUCCAACUUGGGUAACAACGCCUUAUCAUGUUUAUUUGGGACUGGUUCACAGGAGCAUUAGGAUAUUUAGGGUUAUGGAAAAAGUCAGGAAAAUUGUUAUUCUUAGGAUUAGAUAAUGCUGGGAAAACAACUUUAUUACAUAUGCUGAAAGAUGAUCGCAUAGCUCAGCAUGUGCCUACAUUACAUCCAACAUCAGAAGAACUAUCAAUAGGAAAUAUGAGAUUUACCACCUUCGAUCUUGGUGGCCAUCAUCAAGCGAGAAGAGUUUGGAAAGAUUAUUUUCCAGCAGUAGAUGCAAUUGUAUUCUUAGUCGAUGCUUGCGAUCGUAAUCGAUUCGUCGAAAGCAAAGCCGAACUCGAUUCGUUAUUGACGGAUGAACAGUUGGCCAAUUGUCCCGUUCUCAUAUUGGGUAAUAAAAUAGACAGACCGGGUGCCGCAUCAGAAGACGAACUUAGGAACGUGUUUGCUCUUUACGGACAAACCACCGGAAAGGGCAAAGUACCGAGAUCGGAAGUUCCAGGAAGGCCAUUAGAAUUAUUCAUGUGCUCCGUUUUAAAGCGACAAGGUUAUGGAGAAGGAUUCAGGUGGUUAGCCCAGUACAUUGAUUAAACGUGAUCUUUUAUUAUCAUUAUUAUCAUUAUUCUCAAUCAUUAUUAUUAUUAUUAUUAUUAUUAUUAUUAUUAUUAUUAUUAUUAUAUUACAAAACUUAUAAAAU